AUGGUUUUACCAAAGUCCAAGACCUCUGUUGGUCUGGGCAACACGUUGAUGAAAGAUCGCUUUGGCAAGGGAAAAGGAGCGGACAGACGCAAGGGCGCCUCUAUUACGCGGACAGAUCAUGUGACUGGCGAGCAGUAUGUGACUACUGCGCGCCGCGAGGCCGGAUGGGUGAAGAUGCGCUCCGUGACGGAACAGGGCGCGUUGGAGGAGUUCUUGGCGACGGCGCAGUUGGCUGGCACCGACUUCACGGCACAGAAGAUGAACAAUGUCAAGAUUAUCCACACGGACCAGAAGAACCCGUAUCUUCUGACGGCGGCAGAGGAACGGACAGCGCUGAAGAAGCACAAGGAGAACAGAGACCGGCUGACGGUGCCGAGGCGUCCGAAAUGGGAUGCCUCAACGACGCCGGGGGAGCUGGACCUGAUGGAGCGCGAGUCCUUUUUGGUGUGGCGCCGAGGACUUGCCGAGCUGCAGGAGAACCAGGAUCUGCUGAUGACUCCGUUUGAGCGGAAUCUCGAGGUCUGGCGGCAGCUGUGGCGAGUGAUUGAGCGCUCGGACCUGGUGGUGCAGAUUGUCGACGCACGCAGUCCCUUGCUGUUCCGGUCCGAAGACCUGGAGGAUUACGUCAAGGAGAUCGACCCGCGCAAGGAGAACCUGCUGUUGAUCAACAAGGCCGACAUGAUGACGGAAGAGCAGAGAUUGGCCUGGGCCACGUACUUGAAGAAGGCCAAUGUGUCUUAUAAGUUUUUCUCGGCAUAUCUGGCCAAGGAGCUGAACGAGCAGCGCGAGUUCGAGAGCAGCGACGAGGAAGGGUCCGAGGACGAGUCUGAGGACGAGACGGAAAGAGUUGCUGGCGGUGCAGCCAUUGCUCCCAAAGAGGAGGCGACAAAAGGAGAGGUGACAGAUGUCAGCAAUGAUGCGAACGAGGACGAGCCGGACACACACAUUCUCACAGUAGAGGAGCUUGAAGAGCUCUUCCUGAGCUUCCAGCCAAAGGAUGACAGCAAUUCCGACCGGAGACUGCAAGUCGGUCUUGUCGGCUACCCCAACGUGGGCAAGUCGUCGACGAUCAACGCCCUGAUCGGCGCGAAAAAGGUGUCGGUGUCGUCGACGCCGGGAAAGACGAAGCACUUCCAGACGAUCCACCUGAGCGAGAAGGUGAUCCUGUGUGACUGUCCCGGAUUGGUGUUUGCCAACUUUGCGACGACCAAGGCAGAUCUGGUGUGCAACGGCGUGCUGCCGAUCGACCAGCUGCGCGAGUUCACGGGGCCGGCAGCACUGGUGGCGCACCGGAUACCGCUGCCCUUUCUCGAGGCCGUAUACGGCAUGCACAUCCGGCUGCGGCCGCUGGAAGAGGGUGGCACGGGCAUGCCGACGGCGGAGGAGCUGCUGAUGGCGUAUGCACGAGCACGCGGCUUCACCAAGGCCGGCCAGGGCCAGCCGGACGAGUCGCGAGCGGCGCGCUACAUCCUCAAGGACUACGUCAACGGCAAGCUGCUGUACUGCGCGCCACCACCGGGUGACUACGACCCGGUCGAGUUCAACCGCGGACUCUACGACGUGGCACAUCUGCCGGAAAAGCGGCGAGUAGCACUGGGGGCGGCGAAGGCGACGGGCGCGAUGCAAGGCAUGUCCCUGGCCGAGGACGAGGCGAACAGCGGGAGCGAGGACGACGGCGAGACGGAGGUGGCCAGCGACAUGAUCGCGCUUCCGGUCGGCCCCAAGACGCAGAAGCUGGACAAGGAGUUUUUCAAGCCGCAGCGCGGAACAGCCGGCCACAUGGACAUGCCUUUCAGCCACAAGUACUCGGAGCAGGGCCAGGCGGCGGGCAAGCAGCUCAGCGGGCGCAAGGCGCGGCUGAUGGUGGCGCUGGAGAACGGACUCGACCCGAGCGAGGUCCGGGCUCUGUCUGGCAAGAAGCACUUCAAGGCCGGCAAGAAGGCCAAGGGCAAGAAGAAGAUUGGCGUCGGCCUGGAGGAGGAGGUACGCGGUGGCGGCCACGCGCAGGUCUAG